AAGGCUUUCCUGUUUGGCAACUAGCAAGUGACGCCCUGAAAGCAAAACAAGAGAAGUAAAUGGAUUACAAGGCAGCCAGCAGGGAUGAAAUCACAAUAUUUGGAAAUUGACAUCAUUUUUUAGAUCAUUUUUUCCAGUAUUCCUGCUGGGUCUCUGGGGGAGGUGUGAAGCAGGAAAGAGAGAGAGAGAGGUAGGGAGACUGGAGAGAGAGUGGGAAUAUUUAGUUUGCUUCUUCCAGAAGUUUGGGGGUUGAAAAUGGGACCCGUCGCCAGGUCGCUCGCUCUGCUGUUUUGUUUGUGUUCUCUGGGCUGCUGUCUUCCUGCCGGGACGCCGCAACCAACACAGGAAUCUCUUCCAGAUGUGAAAAAGUCCAGAGGAGAUGUUCCCGACAUCCUUCCGACAUCGGAAGUGGAGCCGACAAACGCUGCAUCCGACUUUGAAACCUCCUACAACUACGUUUUGUCCAGACUGGCUGGGAUGGACCAGGCCAUUCACAAGCUCAAUGUGGGCCACUACACCCUGGAUGUUAGCAUGGACCAACUAAUUGAGCGUCUAUCCAGGAUGGAUGCCAAGGUGGCAGAGAUGGAGGACAAAAUCCGCGAAGUCUUCCAACACAGCAAAGACAAUCGCAAAGAGACUGGAAGACUAGAAGGUUGCCAGAGGGGCCUGCGUGUGGGGUACAAAUGCUACCUUGUGUACCACAACUAUGUGGACUAUGCAGGCGCUUCCAGGAAGUGCCUAGAACGCGGGGGUCGCAUGGCCAUGCCGCGAGACCGCCGCGAGCAGGAGGCGCUGGCCGACUACGUCAAGUCUUUCUACCAACCAGGCAAUUGGCCCGUUUGGCUUGGCGUCAACGACCUGGCGACUGAGGGCGUGUACAUGUUUGACGACGGCACGCCCGUCUCCUACUUCCAGUGGCGCAGGCACUUCCUGUCCGGCCAGCCGGACGGGGGCAAGCGUGAGAACUGCGUGGCUAUGGCGUCAGAUGACGGUGACUGGUGGGACCACUACUGCGACAGGGCCAUGAACUACAUGUGCGAGUUUGAUGACAGGGUAGCGCUUUAGAUGAAACCAUAGCUCUGCAUUUGAACUCCAGGCUGUAGACAAAAUGGCCGUCGCCAAGGUGAAAGCUCCAUGGGCCUUUACCUACAAACUCAGCAGCGCACACAAUUAAACCCACUUUAAACCCACGUUAGUCUUCUCUUAUUGUUAACUGGAUAGCUGUAGUUAAGUAGCUAACGAUACAUAGCUGGCUAAUUGAGGUCAAGCUAGCUGCACUUGUAGUGGCUACACUAGCAAUACUGAGCUUAACUAACUUUAGUUAAGAGAAUGUACACACACACACACACACACACACACACACACACACACACACACACACACACACACACACACACACACACACACACACAAAGACGAUCACACCUCACCACCUGCAAUAAUAAAGCACACACCCCAAAUUUAUUUGUGACACCAGGCCAAAGCAGGUUUAAUAGAGACAUUAAUACAUCAAACAAGCUUAGGACAAUAAGUUCCGUGACAUGAUGCUAAAAAUUGACCGAGCGCCUAUUCGGUGAGGCCCUCACAGAGCAUCCAUGGUAGAAAGGGUUCCGUCAGUCGUCCAUGCAAAAAAUGAUCAUACCAUGCUUUUGUCAUUGAGUGUAACGCAACAAGGCUCACAGAUGGGUAUCUUUGUCAAUUGGGGAAUACUAAUACAUUUUUUUUGCACACAAAUGCCAAAGUUGUCCAAGUAGUUUGCAGAAAUAUGAAAGUAGUGCAAGAUACUACCAGAGAAAACGUGACUUGCAACAUGCAGUUGUUCUGCUAGUGCGCUGAAUUGUCUUACUCGCGAGAACAAAUAGCACCAGAACACGGGCCUCGAGGCUUUAUCCAGGAUAUUGAAUAAAUGCUCAAACAAGCUUUCCAUAGGCGUGUUAUUUGAGCCAUCUGGUUUGUGUAACUGAGCUGUGGAGGAAGCAUCCACAAGGGGGCCUUGACAACCAAGAAGUUGGAGGCCUGCCAGACUGCUGGACGAUCAACAUCCCUACUUUAUUCACAAAGCUGCAGAAAUUCUCCCCAUGGAUCUAUAAUUUAUUUCAUUCUCAUUUUAACGAUGUAGACUUUUGCACAUGCACUAAGUGGAGUGCAACCCCCCCCC